GGCCGCACCUGUCCCGCCGCUCCUCGCUCUGCAUUCUGCACGUGAGGGCUCUCGACGCAAUUACGCUCACACACAGUUCCCGGCUCGGUGUUGUGGUGCCACCAUGUCAGAGUGGCUGGAUUACCUGAACGACUCGACCCUCGUCGCUCGCUUCCAGAGACAAUGCGGGCUCGUUCUGUCCGACGCCGGUCCCCGGGACAGCGGGGGGAGCACGGGGAAGGACCACCCGCUGCGAUCCGUCACACAGCGGGCCGGUAUGACACAUGGACACGUGUCGGAGAACUUGCAUCCGCAGAAUUCUCCCGAACAUAACCAAAAGAUGAACGGAUACAAAGGGAAUGAACACGGCGGGGUCAGGCCUCGGUACGAGGUGAGGAACUGGCCUCUCUACGUCCUCUUCCUGCUGUCGGCGGCGCUGGGACACGAGGUCUUCUACAUCACCGUACUGCCCGGCGUCCACUGGCACCUCGACCCCUUCCUCUGCAGACGGCUGGUCAACACCUGGACCCUGGUGAUGUACGUGGGCCAGGUGCUGAAGGACCUGCUGAAGCUGCCUCGCCCUCUGUCGCCCCCGGUGGUCAAACUGGAGAUGCGCGUCGACGCAGAGUACGGCCUUCCCUCCACGCACGCUAUGGCUGCCACAGCCAUCGCCUUCACCCUCCUGCUCAGCGCCACCUCAAGGAUCCAGUUCCAGUUUGAAGUGGGCCUGAUGGUUGCAGUGGUCCUGUCCACUCUGGUGUGUCUGAGCCGUCUCUAUACCGGCAUGCACUCACUUCUGGACGUCCUGUGUGGAGUGUGGCUGUCGGCGGGCCUCAUGCUCCUCACCUACCCCUACUGGGAGGCCUUCGACCGCUUCCAGCUGACCAGCCCCCUCUCCCCCCCGGUGCUGGUUGCCCUGCCCCUGUUCCUGAGCUACAACUACCCCCAGCUGGACCACUACAGCCCCACGCGCGCCGACACCACCACCAUCCUGGGCGUGGCGGCCGGCUGCUCCGUGGGCUACUGGACCAAUGCGCAGCUGGGCGUGACCUUUGAGCCCCCCCAGGGGGCGCUGCCUGUGGCCCUGCCGCCGCUGACGGCCGGGGCGCUGGCAGCGGGGCUGGCCCGCUACUUGGUGGGCGCAGCGGUGUUGCUGGCCACGCGGUGGGCCGUGCGGGCAGCCAGCCUGAGGGCGCUGUUUGCCUGGUACAGCGUGGAGCCCGGCGACGCCCCCAGCGCCGCCCGCCGGAGGGAGAUCGAGGUGCCAUCAAAGUUCCUGACGUACUCGGUGGUGGGGCUGGUGAACGCCGUGCUGGUGAACCGACUGUUCCUCCUACUGGGGAUCUUGUGACCACCAGAACCAGCUGUGACCUCAUAUCCAGGACGCUGACGGUGAUACCGGUCACUCGUCCAACGCUACUCAAUAGAGAUCCUGAGACACUGCUAGACCCUGCUUACAUAACUUUAUACCCACUCAUCAUGAAACAAUGGCCCAAUCCCAAUGUCUGGACUCACAGACUUUGCUGCGCCUUCUUGCGAAAUUAUUAAGGCUAGAGCUGUCCCAAUGUCGAAUUCCAAAGGGUGUGAGGGUUUGAGUCCACACUUACCGAGCCCUUUCCGUGAGUCUGCAUCACUGCAAACUUCACCUAAGGGAAUUACCCACAGGUCAAAGCCUUGUGACGUUUACCACGGGGACCAUAGGGAAAUCCGGAAGGUAAACAACAAGACGAAGCUACUGUCAAUGCGCAACCAGAUGGGAAUUUCUGUGUUUUUUUUUAGUGAGCCGGAUCAUUUGGAUCAGCUCACCAACAAGAGCCGGCUCUUUUGGCUCCCAAACGGCUCAUCAUAUUACUUAUACCUUUUAUAAUUCAGCCAAAUGUAGCCCGUUCCGACUUAUGAUUAGCAUGUGUAGGCCAAUAAUCACCUAAUUCAAUACAUUCUUUAUACGGAUGUAUUCAAAAGUAAAAAUUAUAUUUUCUAAUAUCAAUAAAUUGCUGUAGCCGAUUGUUUUCAUUGCAUUUAAAAAAAAUUAUAAUAAUUAAAUGAGAAUUCAGCAGCAUCUUUGUCAUUAAACGUUGCCAAGGUAACAUGUGCUCUCGUGAAGUGCUGUCCCAAUCCCAUAUAUACCUAUCUGAGCCCAUGUGGCUUCACGCACUCACUCACUUAGCACCUGAGAUCAAUUGAGUCUGUGAGUCCCGUGAGUCCAAGGACUGGAAAACCAGUCCGAUGGUGAAGCAUUCCCGGCCGUCUGUUGGCCUGACUGGGUGGUAAAGAGCCAAUGUUUAGCCCUGCUGCUCUGCUCAGACUAAACACACAGCAACAGGGCCUGUUGAUACGCUGUUCUGGAACAGCAUGUUGAUGAUCCAUGACCAACAUGCGGCAGGUGCUGAACACUGAGUCAUACAGAUACAUACAGAUAAUUGUGCUCUUGUGUACUUGUACAAUAAGAUGUAAUAAAAGUAAUAAUGAUUCUGAUUCUGGAGGGAACACACAUGACAUCACAUUAUCAAAACUUUUAUUCAAGACGUUAUUCCGAAGCACCAUUCUUCCAAAUGGAAAUCAAUGGAAAGCUAGAAGCCUGCAGAACCAGUUUAUGGACCAUUAUUUUGAUUUCAUUUGUUUGUAUUGUUCCCUUUUGACAAGUCAUUUAUGGAGUCAAACUCAUUGUUUCUUUAGGCUUACUUAGGCUUGAUGUGAAGAAAAUUGGAAAGACAACGAUACAAAUCCCUUAUACAGAUCCUUUAUUUUACCAAUCAUGUGAA